GGGCAAUUCCCGCAUUGAGGAAGCGUGCGACAUCUACGCCCGCGCCGCCAACAUGUUCAAGAUGGCCAAGAACUGGAGCGACGACGCCGCCACCAGCUUCGUGGAUGCCGGGAAUGCCUUCAAGAAGGCGGAUCCGCAGGAGGCCAUCAACUGCCUGCUGCGAGCCAUUGAGAUCUACACGGACAUGGGGCGCUUCACCAUCGCUGCCAAGCACCACGUCUCCAUAGCCGAGAUCUACGAGACGGAGCUGGUGGAUAUCGAGAAGGCCAUCGCCCACUACGAGCAGGCAGCCGAUUACUACCGGGGGGAGGAAUCCAACAG